UUUGAAUACACUUCCGGAUAUACCGAAUAAGUGUUUGAAGUUGCGCGCGGGUAAACGAGUCAACUACGAAUUUGUUUUGCUAACAUUAGCUACUGUGUUAAAAUAAAUGUAGUUUGCCCCCCCCCUAACAAACUCGAACUAAUAAUACGUGUCCACGAAGCUAGCUAGUUAGCAUGUACUUUGUACUGUAGCAGGCUGAAGAUGAACCACGAAAGCAUAUUGACGACAACUAAUAUUAAGAGGCUCCCUUACCUCGUAAAUAAGGAUCGCCCAUCAUCAAUGCUAAAAUGGAAAGCUAAGUUGGACAUGUGUGACUCCAGUACUUGGGUCAACGACUUGGAUGCUCCCUCUGAUUUGGAGGAGCCACCUGCGCUGUUAGCCUCUUCGUCCUUCACUCCUUUAGAGGAGGGUAAACAGAAGCCCUCAGGAAAGGACAUGCAGCCAGAGAGAAGAGCACAGAGCUCUAUUCUAGAUAAUGAGAUGGAGCUCUUUUUUAAAGAGCACUGUCCAUCAAGAGCACUGCCCAUCAAGACCUCCAGCCCCAUACAUUCGGCCCAGCAGGAUGGAGACAGAACAAUCUCUCCACUGCUCUCUGAAGAUGAAGACCAAAACCCUGUACAGCAGCCUUUCUCCACCCUGAAGAGACAGGCAGCAGAUUGCACAAAUGUGGAGUCAGAAGAACCUUCCCAAAGAAACCUUUCUCUGGCAGUGGAACCGAAAGAACCAAUUUCAGCCAAGAUUGUGUUCCAGACAUCUGAGAGGAUGACCAUUGUCCAGCAGCCUGCAACGAAGGCUGCUGCGUUCCAGCCGCCGGAGACCGCAAAGGAAAACCAGGAAGGAAAAGUCACAUCAUCCUUUCUGCAGAGGCUGAGAAAAGCUGGUCAAUCCAAGCCUACAGGAAAAGUGUUAAUGCCGUUUCCAGUCAGAGAAGCUCCUGCCAUCGAGCUGGACGAUGACUUCCUGAUCUUGGAAGAUGAGGCUCCAUCAAGGUUUCGCUUCCGCAGGAAGCCUGACCCCAACAAGACCACAGCCAGACCACAACCGAAGCAGGAGGACCAAUCACAGGGUAAAGAGAAUACGAAAAACCAGAAAAAGUCAGAUACCGCUGGAGAGGAACUAGUUUCUAUGGAGGAAGACCAGAGAAAGGUGGAAGAGGAAGCUGCCGACUCCCACCAGGAGGAAGCAUUGCCAGACAGUCAGGAAUCAGAGAAGAGAAGGAGGUGUAAGCCUGGCCCUUGGUGGCUAACCAGCGUUGUCAACACACCGGACACAGAGACUGACAACACGCACACAAGCAACAACCCAACAACGAAGCCUACCAGACUGAAGCCUACCAAAAGGAGGAGCCGACCUCGGAGGCUGACCAUACACGAGGAGCCUGAGAGUCCUGGAAGUGAAAAAGAGGCAGAAGAGGAGGUGGUGGUGGAGAUGAAGGGGGGGCUCCGUGUAAUUCCCAGCCCUCUCAGACAGCUCCAACUAACUGCAAAGAAGAAGACUGCUGUAAACCAGGAAGGUAAAUUAACAUCAUCCUUCCUGCAAUCCAAGCCUACAGGCCCUAGAAAAGCGUUGGUGUUUCCAGUCAAAAAAGCUCCUACCAUUGAGCUGGACGAUGAAUUUCUGUUCUUGGAAGAUGAGGCUCCUUCAAGGUUUUGCUUCCACAGGAAGCCCGACCCCAACAAGACCACAGCCAGACCACAACCGAAGCAGGAGGACCAGUCACAGAGCAGUUACCAGGUUUCAGCCAGAACCCUUGCUAAUGCUAGCCAGUCGGAGAAGGCUGCAGUCAAGCAGACAACAGAAGGGGAGGGGAUAGACAGACCCUCAACAGUGGAACACAACAGUAACCUGAAGAAAGGACAAAAUGUUAACAAAUGCUCCUCAGAGCCGGAUGGUCAGGCAUCAGAGAAGAGGAAGAGGUGUAAGCCUGGCCCUUGGUGGCUAACCAGCGUUGUCAACACACCGGACACAGAGACUGACAACACGCACACAAGCAACAACCCAACAACGAAGCCUACCAGACUGAAGCCUACCAAAAGGAGGAGCCGACCUCAAAGGCUGACCAUACAGGAGGAGCCUGAGAGGUCUAGAAGUGAAAAAGAGGAAGAGGAGGUGGUGGUGGAUGCGCAGGGGGGGCUCCAUAUAAUUCCCAGCCCUUUAAGACUGCUCCCACAAACUGCAAGUGAGAAGGUGUUUGACUUUCUACCCCAGCACCUGUCCAACAACCCCAAAACCUGUAAGGUGGUGAGAAGGCAGGCCAAGCCUAGACCGACCAAGGCUAUUCCUGGUAGGUCACAGGGAAGGCCUCAGAGCAACAACGCAACCUCCAGACACCGUCUUAUUGGUCAGACGCGGAAGAUGGACAUCUCUUCUCCCAAGACGGUCAAGCAAACUCUGGCCACCUUCAGCAGCAGCUUUUCCUCAUUCAGCGCAACAGCGCCCCCAGUGGACACAGUCAGAACGACGUCCCAGGUGGUUGGUCGGAAACUCGGUUUACCUUCUGAAGAGGAGUUGGCCAGUGAUCCUGGUUCAGCUGAGGAGCCCUCCCAGGACCCAGCCCGUGACGGGAGCUCUGGCCCUCUGGAUCUGAGUACCUAUGCUGUCGACGUAGACCCUGCUGAACUGCCUGGUGGACGGCUAUGGAAGAAAACCACCGGACACGGAAGGAACAAACUGUCAGACAUGUCAAGAGCUUUUGAAAGCGGUCCGUCUUCCAUGAUUGAACUGGAGGAUUAUGAGAAUGAAGAUGUCUGUCUCCCAUCAUCCCUGGUGAAGCCCCAUCCAUUUGUCCCUCCAGGCUCGGUGCUGCCAUACCCGGAGGUUGUGGCCCAGCUGUGCCCCCCCCCUCUCAGAGUCAUCACACUGCAGUUGCGGGACCGAGACCAUCUCUCCAAGUGGCUCUCUCUGCUCUGGCCUGCCUCCAGGAAACAUGGUGGCCAGAUUGGCCCGGAUCAUUUCCAGUGGUUCUCGUACCAAGACAGAGCUCUGGGCUGUAGGGUCGACCUACUGGCUGAAACCUAUUCUUGUGGAACAGUUCUGUUGGGCUCCUACAUGAAGAAACCCCUCUUGGUUGACCACUACGCUACCACUGUGUUUCAUCUAUUAACCAGCGGUCUGACGGUAACCAUUGAUGGUGUGGAGGUCCAUUAUGACCCAGGACACGCCUUCACGAUUCCAUGUGGCCGUGCCUACAGCCUCCACAACCUCACCCAAGAGCCUGCAGCCUUGCACUUCACAAGGAUGCUGACAGAGAGCGCAGAGUGACACCUUGACUAAUGUCUGGGCUUCAAAUGUGAAAAUGAGAAACUUGUGAAACCAAUUAUUUGCAUUAUCAACUGUCUCUGAUAUUAUUGCAAAAAAAAAUUAUAAGUUAUUCAGUUGUAAAUAUGGACAUUUAAUGUAAGGACAUUUGAUGUGACCAAUGAAACUUCAAGCCCAAUAAAGCAAAUUGCAUUUCUA